AUGGUAUUGAACUUUCUAAAAAAGUUUGAUUAUUGGGGAGGCGUAGGUGGUGUGGAUGGUUAUAUCACUGCUGUCAAACAACUCGGAUCAGACUAUACGAAGUUAGAAAGUGAUGGCUGUUCAAAAUUGGAUAGUAUAUGGGGCCGAUUGGCAGAAUUCACUAAACUAGAUAACAAGAGUACGUAUGAUGCCCGAAAAUGGUUGUACACAGCAUGGAACGAUGAUAGACGAGAAGUCAAAACAACUUUUUUAAAUACACAAGUUACCACUGUUUUAUCAAAUCAUUCAAACCAAUCACCUAACAAUAUUGCAAUUGUAAAUAAUAUGAACAUCGAUACGGUGCCUAAAAAUGUGUCUUUGUUAACGAUACAGUCUACUGUACCAAAAUCAAUGAGACCGAAGAAUAAUAAAAUUCCGCGUUAUGUACAUUAUUUCACAAUGAACUAUGAUCAAUGGAAAUUAUUCUUUGAUCAUAAAAUAGGUGAUGUCUAUGAUGGUUGGGGAGAUAAAAUUACUCCUCACUUAGUUGAACUUCGCAUUCCAUGCGCUAUAAACUUCAGAUACCACCAUAGUCGACUGAUAGAUUCACGUAAACAUAAUAGUACAUUAUUUAAUGCAAAAGGCUAUUGUACAGCUGAGCUAUGUCCUGUAAAGAUCGAUAUUGGAAUAGUACAUGAACCAAAACAAAAAGGUGCACCUACUUUAUUUAAAGUAGUAGUAAUUGGAGAAAAAAAUCAUGAUCCGAAACAAAAACCAUUUAGUCGUCAAAUAACAGGAGAAAUUCGAGAAGCGAUGGCAAAAGAAAUUAAAAAAAAUGGAGGGUUGCGUGUUUAUGAACGUAACUUAAGACAUGCUAAUGAAGAUUUGUUAAAAGAAGGAAAUUUUAGUGAAGUUCCUUCCCAAGAUGUAUUAAAGACAAUCAAACAACAAUAUGAUAAAAAAUUUCGUUAUGAUGAAGAUUGUUUUAAAGAUUUACGUAUAUUUGCAUAUGUUACUCGAUAUGAAGAUAUUGAUUCUGAAGAUGUGAAAGGAUUUGUACAAGCUGAUGCUCAAUGGCCGUUCACUGUUUAUUUUUUCACUGAAAUUCAACUUGAUCGAUUUGUUUAUUAUUGUCGAAGUGAAAAAUACUCGUGCUUGCAUAUUGAUGCUACGGGUUCUGUUGUGCGCAAAUUAAAAGAUCAAAAAGAUGUAUUUUUCUAUUGUAUGGUAUUUCGACAUGAAGAUUCCUCAAUUUUACAGCUUAGUGGAGCUCUUUUAACUGAUCAUACAGCCGCUUCUAUUACAUCAUAUUUUCUAUCUGUCAGAAGUAAAUUAGCAUUACGAAGCAAAGUUACACGUCCGGCCUUCGUUAUCAUUGAUUUUUCUGCUGCAUUAAUUAAUAGUGUACUCGCUUCUUUCAACGUCGAAAACAUACAUACAUAUUUACGACGAUGCUAUAAUACAAUCAAUCGUGUAUAUAAUACUAAACAAUUACGCAAUAUAACAUUCUUACGAUUAUGUUGCUCUCAUGCAAUGAAAGCAUUUUCACGUAGUUUAUUCAAGAUCAAUGUGUCAAAAGAUACCCAUCAUAAUUUAAUGACAUUUUUCGCUGUACUAUUAAACUCUACGAAUUUUGAUGGUGCAUUUGAUCUUUAUAAACAUAUUAUUCAAAUUUACGGAAAUCCAUAUUGUGACACACCAUAUACCGCGCUUGCUUCACUUUUGAAUAAAUCUGAAUCACCUGAAUUCGAUAUUGAACCAUAUUUAGAAGAAAGUAAUGUUCAAAAUGAUAAAGAUCUUACACAAGAUUUCUUAGAUGAAACAGAUAUUACAACAGAUCCAAUUAUUCGUCAAUCACCGUUUAACAUAAAAGCGUGUACCGACAUUCCGGCUUUACGUAGAAUAUUAGAGAAGAAAAAACUUGAUGAUGAACCACGUAAUCAACUUUAUUCAAAACAAAUUAUUCAUGUACUACAUAAAUGGUUCGCUUACAUUCCGCUUUGGUCUAAUAUAAUGACUAAUUUCUUUGAAAGAUACGCAAAAGAUAAGACACCUAUUUCAACAAAUAAAUUGGAAUUUGGACACGAGAAUCGUACUACUUCUCGACCCACUGAAUUUUUGAUGCCAGUGCAUAAGCAUAUUCUCGCUCGUAUGAAAGGUGAUCAGUUUAGUGUAGCUCAAACAUCCCAUGGUCGAAAGAAGAAGCGAGAUAAAAUGGACGAUUUAAAUGUAAAAGAUAUGUGGAAAUGCCGACCUCAAACAAACUCAAAAACUAAUAAACAUGGAGCAUAUUUUAAUGAAAAAGUUAGUGAAAUGGUUGCAUGUAAAAUUUCUGAUCCAGAUUCAGAUUCAGAUGAAUCAAUGAAUUCUAUUUAUGAACCUUCGAUUCAAUAUUCUGUUUUAUCAUCACACAUGCCGAUUACAACCAACACAAAUGAUUGUAAUUAUGUAAUAGAUCCAUCAUUCCCACUACCAAUUAUUGUUGAUGAAUCACCGAUGACACCUUCUAUUUCUCUUGGCAAUGUCUUUUUCACUGUAUCAGAUGGUAUUGAACCGCAUUUAGCUCAAGUAUUUUGUCCGAAACGUUCACAUUCUUCAUCGAAUAGCAGCUGCUCCAUUUCUAUCGAGAAAACAUCAAAGCAGUUGUGUGAGAAAAAAAUCAAGCCAUCAUCAUCACCACAUACAAUUGAAAAUCGAAAUUUUCAGUCUAGUAAAGAUAAUCGAACAACUACAAUCAGUAGUCUUAAGCUCACAUGGCCUUCCUAUGGAAUUGAAAAUGCAACAUAUGCUGGUGAACACUAUUUUAUAUUUCAUACCUGUACGGUUGAUACAGGCUUAUUUAUUUUGUAUCACGCGUACAAAACCCAGUCUGAUGACUUUCGUAAUCUUUUCUUAUCUGAUACACUUAGUAUUUAUAAAAUUAUUCAUCGUACAUUUCAACUUGUUGAUACAAAUGGAUGGACUACAGCUCGUUUGUAUUGGCUUACUGAAAAUAAUAUUCUCACAGAUAAACGUUCAGAUGGAAAAUAUGACCUAAUGAAUACUAUGGAAGCAAUUAUCUUUCAAUUCAUUAAAGUUAUGCAAGCAUUUCCUAUCAAGUCUAAAUGUACAUGUGUUGUCUGUCCAAAACGAACUUGUGAACAGAUAAAUGUAGACAUUACAUUACCUGAUCGAGAACAUGCAUGCCGAAAAAGCCUGGGUCGCCGUAAACCUCGAAACUAUCCAGCAGAAUAUUCACUUGAUAAUAAAUUUCCAGUAGUGGAUGUAGAAACAAAUGUUAAACGGACAGAAAAACAUUACAUAUGUGAAGCUGCUCGAUUAGUAGACAAAGCAAAAUUUUUAUAUAGAGCACCAUUUGUUAUUAUUGAUGUCGGCAAAGAUUCUACAGUCAUGACAGAAUUACCAGAUCCACUUUAUAUUGGUGAAUACACGUAA